GUAAUACGAAAUACUCGACAGUCAGAGGUCUGGGGGUCUGCUGUGUGACCUUGCAGUGUUUGUAAACAGACACACGUUGCCGUUGUAAAGUAUUGAGAAUAGAAUACAAUCACGAUUUAACAAAGAGUGUCACAAAGUAUUUGCUUGAGGAACAUCGAAAAGACGUAAAACUACGAGAGUCAUGGAACUGGAGCCUAUGUGUAUCGCUGAAAAUGAGACGGAGGGAUCUCGCGGUGAUCGGAAAGAGGGGGGUAAGAGGGGACGCAAGCCUGGAAGGAAGGCGUCCGACAAGACGGACAUGAAAGCCAAGCUUGAACGAAGUCGACAGAGUGCGAGGGAGUGUCGUGCUCGCAAGAAGCUAAGGUAUCAAUACCUCGAAGAGUUGGUAGCCGACCGCGAAAAGGCUGUGCUCGCACUUCGAAGGGAGUUGGAGAUGUAUCGGCAGUGGGGACAAGAAUUGGACGCCGGACGAGUUCCCGAAGGGCUACAAGCGAUGCUGGAGGAGCUUGGCUCUCUGAAGCGGGAGAAAGUGGCCAACUAACCGACUACAAGAAAGAGAGAAAGAGAAACACGAGUCACGAACAUCGAGCUUUUCGCCACUUUUUUUUUUAUUAUUUCUGCUUUUCCACGUGGAUACCGUGGAAAUCGAACGUUGCCCUCGUAUUCCCGAUUAUAUUUCCUCGAAUCGAAGGACGGUAUCGAAGAUUCAUUCGGCCUCUCGAAUCAUUCGGACGCGCCUCUUCUCCAACGGUAGAACCGUUGAAAAAACAAAAAGGAAUGGAAGAAAACGAAACCCCAUCUUACGAUGCUGUCCUACUUUUAGCUAGUCCUCUUCUCGUUUCGUCCAAUCCUCGAAGAAGAAGAAGAAGAAGAAGAAGAAAUUGGUUCGGUGUUGUUGUUUCUCUUGUUAUUAUUAUUAUUAUUAUUACGUUUAACGUUUUUUAUCCUUGACGCUUCACGAAAAAAUUGUUCGUGUAUCCUUGUUGUUUGUGAUCGAUUAAGUUAAAAAAAAUAUUAUCUUUCUUGUUUUUUUCUUUUUUUUUUUUUUUUUUUCUUCUUCUUUCUCUUAAUUUUAUCAUCGUUGAGAUAAUCAACGAUAUAAAAGUCGAUCGGUCGGUAGUACUUAUAUCGGCCGACGCUCACUGUACCUACUUACAAGUACCUUUUUCCGACGAUUGUUAGAGAAUAUGAGAGAGAGAGAAUAUGAGAAGAGAUAAAAUUAUAUAUUGCUGUUACGCGUUGACAAAGAACGAUCGUCAUAGUA